AUGAAACUGGUCAAGAUCCGGUCCGACGACGUGGACUCCGAUCCAGAAGCUUACAAUAGCAACUUUCACACCGAACUCGAAGCUCCCGGUCUACCAAUUACCUCAGAAACACCUCAAUCAUUCCUGCGCUGGCUCCCGCUCAUAAUCCGUUCUCAAGCCAUCCCACCAGCAUCCAUACAACACAUGACUCUCACACCACCACAAACACAACUCAUCCUCGACGCCUCCCAAGCCUCAUUACACACCCGAGAGCUCAACCGUCUCUACGCAGAAGAGCUUGCAACCUUCAAAUCCGCAUUUGAGACCCUCUCUUUCCCACCCGAAGGCUUCUUCCUCCGUCUAGACGAAUGCUCGCCAAAAGAUGGCGUCAAAGGCACAGCACCACUGAAAUCAGCAGAGCAGAUCAUUCUUCGUUUGACAACUAGCCAUCGCGCUACGAACGCCAUGAUUCGACAGAAAGAGAAGAAUGGUGGAUUCGUUGAACUGGUUUUCUUACCGUACAACGCAAAGAUGGAUACUGCGAAGGAGUUCCGUGUUUUCUGCGCGCCGCCUGAUGGGAGAAUUACGGUUGUGUCGCAGUAUAAGUGGCAUAAGGCGUCUUUUCUUAGCAGUAAAGUACCAGGAGAGAUUGAUGGGGUAGUGGGGGUGAUUAUGGAGGAGAGUCUGCGGAUUCAUGCUGAGAUUAUGGCAGAUGUGGAGAAAGGUGGUGGAGGGGAAAUGGAUAAGUUGUUGCUGGAGCAAGGGUUCACGUUCGAUGUCUUGUUUGAUGAGGAGAGUCGGAGUUGUCCAUUGAUUGAGUUGAACUCUUUUGGUGCACGAUCUGGUUGUGGGUCGUGUCUUUUCCAUUGGUUGCGAGAUAGAGAUGUUUUGUAUGGGAAACAACAUGAGCAAGUUGGUGGUAGCGAGGGAGGAACAGGAUAUGUGGAGUUUCGUAUCUCCAUAUAG